UUCGCCAGUUAGUUUUGCACUUGUCUCAGAUAUACAUACACACUGUAUAAUUAAUCAGGUGUUUGAUUGGCCUGCGAGUGCGCGUGAGAGCCGUGGCACGCGCGCGUAAAUCACAGAGAUGCGGAGGAUGCUGAGAGAAUGUUUCUUUAAGACCCAUUACCUUCCAAUCCGACAGAGGGGGAGUCUGUGGUAAGGUGGUGUAUCGUCUCUCCUCUCAUCCCCAUCCUCGCCGUUUACAUGUGGAAAAGAGAGGCAGGGGGUGGGGGGGAAAACCAGACCGACAGCGAGCUUUCCUCGGGUUUUUCGGAUGAGGGACACGCGCGCCGAGACGGGAUCCGCGGACAUGACGGACCGAAGGGAUAUUUAACAUCAAACAUGGACACUACAGGCUCCCCCCGAUGACUGUGCUCUGACCCCUGGUGCUGUGAGGAGCGCUGCCUCGUGGACACGGUUUCGGAGCAUCGGCCCUCCUUUAUCCCUUCCUCCCCCACCACCCCUUCCCUUCCUCACCCUCCGCCAAUCCUAAAGACCCACCGAGCGGCUUUCCUGUAGAUGCUUCUUCCUCUUGCAUAACAGGGAAACUCAUAAGCAUUCUGAUCACUUACCAUGCAGGUCGAGACUUUGUAAAAGAAAAGCGAGAAAAGACACUCAGAGGCAGAAAGUAGGGAAGAAAAUUCAAGAAAGGCAAUAAAUACAGGAAGCCUGAGAUGCAGACGUGACCAAAGGAAUGAUAUUUUUGGAAAACUGAAGAUGUAAAGAUUUAUAUUUUGUACAUUAAAGUUUUAGUACGAGCUCAUAAGAAUCCCAGGCACGACGACAGACACUUUGCACGUACAAUCCCCAGUUUAGUUUUUCUGCAUUGACUUGACACACACACACACCACGGUCUCAUGAUGAUGUGCGAGGUGAUGCCCACCAUAUCCGAGGAUGGGCGAAGCGGCACCGGCGGAGGCCCGUCCUCGCCCGCCGGGGCCGGGGUCGGGGGCGCCGGGGGCGCCAUGGGCGGAGGCGGAUUCAGCGGCAGGGAGCCCCGAGGCGGAGGAGACGAGGGCGGCAGCACGGGGAACCUGGAGUCCCUCAUGGUCAACAUGCUGACGGAGCGGGAGAGGCUGCUGGAGAACCUGAGGGAGACGCAGGAGAGCCUGGGGACGGCGCAGCUCCGCCUCCGAGAGCUCGGCCACGAGAAGGAGUCGCUCCAGAGGCAGCUGUCCAUCGCUCUGCCGCAGGAGUUUGCUGUGUUGACUAAAGAGCUGAACGUUUGCCGGGAGCAGCUUCUGGAGAGGGAGGAGGAGAUUGCCGAGCUCAAGGCGGAGAGAAACAACACACGUCUGCUGCUGGAACACCUGGAGUGUCUAGUGUCUCGCCACGAGCGCAGUCUGAGGAUGACGGUGGUGAAAAGACAAGCCCAGUCCCCUGCAGGCGUUUCUAGCGAGGUGGAAGUCCUCAAGGCCCUUAAAUCCCUCUUUGAGCAUCACAAGGCCUUGGAUGAGAAGGUUCGGGAGAGGCUCCGCGUGGCCCUCGAGCGGGUGUCCAUGUUGGAGGAUCAACUUGCAGCAUCUUCUCAAGAGGUAAUCUCUUUAAGAGACCAAAUUAAAAGACGUCAACAAGGGGUGGACGGCGGUAAAGAUCGACUACCCAAUGGGCCGUCCUCUGGCCUGGAGGAUGGGGAGCUCGACAGACAGAGGGAAGGAGAGAUAGAGCGGCAGAGAGCCGAACUCUCCCAGCUGAGGGAGAGGCUGGCCCUCAUGUGCCGGCAGGUUGGGGAAAUAGAGGAACAGCUUGCGGCCGCCAGGAGGGAGGUGACAAAGUCGGAGGAGGCCAAUCAGAAGCUCCAACGGGAAGUGAAAGAGGCUCUUUGCCAAAGAGAAGACAUGGAGGAGAGAAUCACAACGCUAGAGCGGAGGUACCUCAGUGCCCAGAGGGAGGCGACUUCUCUCCACGAUAUCAAAGACAAGCUGGAGAAUGAACUGGCCAGCAAGGAGUCCCUGCACAGACAGAGUGAAGAGAAGAACAGACAACUACAGGAACGUCUGGACGAGGCCAAACAGAAGCUCCAGCAGACCCUGCAGAGGGCAGAGACAUUGCCGGAGAUUGAGGCCCAGCUCGCCCAGAGAGUGGCUGCUCUCAAUAAGGCUGAGGAGCGCCACGGAAACUUUGAGGAGCGACUACGACAAAUGGAGGCCCAACUUGAGGAAAAGAACCAGGAGCUGCAGAGGGCGAGGCAGAGGGAGAAGAUGAAUGACGAACACAACAAACGCCUCUCAGACACGGUGGACAAACUUCUAUCCGAGUCCAACGAGAGACUUCAGCUCCACCUCAAAGAGAGGAUGGCAGCACUGGAGGAAAAGAACGCUCUCUCCGAAGAGCUCUCCAAUAUGAAGAAAAUCCAAGACGAUCUCCUCGCUAAUAAGGAGCAGCUCCUGGCCGAGCUGGAGCGAAUCCAGCUGGAGUUAGAUCAGCUGAGAGGCAGACCAGGCUCCUCUUAUUCCAGAUCUCUUCCAGGGAGCGCCUCGGAGCUGCGGUACCCCCAGGGUGGCGGCUCGCUCCCGGCCGGCUACGGCAGCUCCUCUAGUGGGGUGGUGGUCAGGCGGCACCGGGGCCGGUGGGGGGCUUCUAGGGACGAUGGCAACAAGUACGGAGAGUGGGACAGCGGCACAAUGCUGGUUCCUGGGUUUGAGGGUGGUGUGGAGGGUGGCUGCUCUGAUGACGAGGAUGACAGGGAGACUCUGUUUGGAUCGGAGCUGCUCUCGCCCAGCGGGCAGACUGAUGUCCAGACUCUGGCCAUCAUGCUGCAGGAGCAACUGGAGGCCAUAAACAAAGAGAUUAAGCUGAUUCAAGAGGAGAAGGAGAGCACAGAGCUGAGGGCGGAGGAGAUCGAGAGUCGGGUCAGCAGCGUGGCCCUCGAUGCCUCGCCCCUCCCACCUUCCUCUCUGGGAGGGCGGGACAGCGUUGGAAGGGGCUACAUGACUCCCUCCAUCACCUCCUCCACGCUGGCCUCCCCCUCGCCGCCCAGCUCCGGACAUUCCACCCCCCGCCUGCCCCAUUCACCUGCCAGGGAGACGGAGAGACAGAACAGCAAAGAGGGUGAAGAAUGCAGAGCCCUGGCCUUGAUUGAUUCCACCCCUCCACCUGUUCCUCGAGCUCUGCGACUGGACCGGAUGACACACACUCAUCCAGGCGCCGGCCUCGACGACCACCGGGAGUUUCGCAGUCUCUCCGCUGACGGAGCGACCACGGCCAGCCAGGAUUCCCUCCACAAAGCCAGCAAAAAGAAAAGCAUCAAGUCGUCCAUCGGCCGGCUCUUUGGCAAAAAAGAAAAGGGAAGGAUCGGCGCGCCGGGCCGCGAAUCUGCUUCCCUGGCGUCCACUCCCUCCGAUGACCUGGGCUCAGCGGACCCGUUAGGCCUGGCGAAGCUCGGGACUGGAACCGUGGAAAAAGACCGGCGCAGCAAAAAGAAGCACGACUUGUUAGAGGAGGCCUGCCGCCAGGGUCUGCCCUUCGCCUCGUGGGAUGGCCCCACUGUUGUUACAUGGCUUGAGCUGUGGGUCGGGAUGCCGGCGUGGUAUGUGGCAGCGUGCCGUGCCAACGUGAAGAGCGGCGCCAUCAUGGCGAACCUGUCGGACACGGAGAUCCAGAGGGAGAUCGGAAUCAGCAACCCUCUGCACCGGCUCAAGCUGCGCCUGGCCAUCCAGGAGAUGGUCUCCCUCACCAGCCCGUCCGCACCCGCAAGCACACGCUCUUCCACCAGUAACAUUUGGAUGACCCACGCUGAGAUGGAGUCCCUCACUGCCGCCACCAAACCAGAGCAGAAGGAGUUCAGCUGGGAUCAGAUCCUGGCUUAUGGAGACAUGAACCAUGAGUGGGUGGGGAAUGAAUGGCUGCCCAGUCUGGGUCUGCCACAGUAUCGCUCCUACUUCAUGGAGUCGCUGGUGGAUGCGCGCAUGCUCGACCAUCUCACCAAGAAAGAACUGAGGGGCCAGCUGAAGAUGGUGGACAGUUUCCACAGGGUGAGUCUUCACUACGGCAUCAUGUGCUUGAAACGCUUGAACUACGACAGAAAGGAGCUGGAGAGGAGGAGGGACGAGAGCCAGCAUCAGAAUCAAGAUGUGAUGGUCUGGUCCAAUGAGCGAGUGAUGUGCUGGGUUCAGUCCAUCGGUCUGAAGGAGUUUGCCGAUAACCUGCUGGAAAGCGGCGUCCACGGAGCUCUGCUGGCGCUCGACGACACAUUCGACUACACCGACUUGGCGCUCCUUCUUCAGAUACCAAAUCAGAACACACAGGCGAGGCAGCUCCUGGAGAAGGAGUACAACGCUCUCAUCUCUAUGGGGACAGAGAGGAGGCCAGAUGAGGACGGCACGAAGACGUUCACCCGCUCGCCGUCCUGGAGGAAGAUGUUCCGGGAGAAGGACCUGCGCGGCGUGACCUCCGACUCCUCAGAGACGUUACCUGCCAACUUCCGUGCCUCCGCCAUCUCGACCCCCUCCGUCACCCUGAGGAAAGUCCAGAGCGAAGUAAACUCUGGUCCAAGAGGAGAGUCGGGGUCCGUGAGAACGUAUUCCUGCUAGAAGAAAAGCACACCAGAACCCCACCUCCAUCCCCCAACCCAAGGAAUUAAAAGAAAUAAAUACAUUUUUGAAAAUGAAGAAAAAAAAAAAAAGAAAAAAACAACUAAAAUGGACUGUAGAAGACGACCAACGACGUUCAAGCUACGCGUCUGGAAAAAUCAAAGACACUGAGUGAAUGAUUUCUGAAAAAAUGAUAAAAUAUUGAGUGAAUGUCUGUUUGCCCAUCAGUCUCUCUCUCUCUCUCUCUCUCUCUCUCUCUCUCUCUCUCUCUCUCUCUCUCCUGAUCCAUAGUUGUGGCAUGAUGCUGUUUGAUUCUGUAGAAAGUGGCCUGUAGAAAGUGACCAUUGCCUAUUGUGAAUUCAUCUUCUGUUUUUUUUGAGUGUGAGAUGGCAAUAUUGACACAACGAAUUUAUAGUUUCUAAACUGGGAGAUGAUGAAA